UUGUGACAGUCACUAGACACAUAUUUUGGAAUAAACUAGAGGCUCUUAUAUUUCAGUAUUUUUCUAUAUUUUAUCGUAAUAAUUUUUCUACUUUUAGGAUGUGACCUAGUGAUCGUUUUUGGAAUGUAAUAUAUCCUGGUGUUAAAUGGAUAUGCGCAAGUUACACCUGCUUGUAAGACGUGAUUUCUCAGGCACCGUUUUAACUAAUUUCCUUUCGGCAAAAUUAUCUUGUUUGUUUUUAAAUAAUUAUCACAUUUCGAUAACGAAACAAAUACAGGACGUCCUUACCGCGCGCUGCAAUUCGGAAAGGCGAGGUUUUGGCAACAAGUUGUAGAAUCUUAAGAAUGUUGUGCUACGCUUGUUCGUUUCACAUAAAUAGAGGCUGUUUUAGUUAGUUCUUCAGUUGGUUAUUUUGAAUUGCAUUGGAUCACUUGUGAGAAGACGAAGACUUUCUCUGUUUGAGGGUUACUGUAUCCUGCUAGUUAUUCCCAUUUAUUUGUUAAUUUAUUUGUUUAUUCAUUUAUCAAUUUGGCUUCAAUAAAGUAUUUUAGAGGUAUAUUCCUUAAAUCCUUCUCGUUCUUGCGAGACCGCUUAAUUAUUCCGUCUUGUUACAUUAUGGUGGGCAAAUACUUCAAUGGAUCAGUCCUGGUCAAAAAAAGUUUCAAGCAAAUUAAAGAGGCCCUUUUAAGUUGAGGCCCAAUUUGAGCAGCUUGAAAAUGAAAUGAAAGACAGCAAUACAAAUCAUGAGCAUCUUAUGAAGAGCUUCCUACAGCUGACAGAAUUCAAACACAUCUUAAGUAAAACUCAAACCUUCUUUGAAGAGGCUGCUCUAGAAGGAAGCCAACACCUAAUACAUGAAGCACAGAGUGGUGAUUUACAUGCACUCUUAGAAGACAAUGCAGGACUGUAUGAAAUGGGAAAAGAAACUCAACUGGGUUUUGUCACUGGAGUCAUAGGACGUGAGCAAGUGCCUUCCUUUGAGCGUCUUCUGUGGCGUUCCUGCUAUGGAAAUGUGUUGUUUAAGCAGGCAGAAAUAGAAACUCCACUGGAAGAUCCAAGCACUGGACACCAAGUCAAAAAAUGUGUCUUCAUUGCAUUCUUUCAAGGGGACCAGCUCAGAAGCAGAGUGAUGAAAAUUUGUGAGGGGUAUCAUGCUUCAAUCUAUCCAUGUCCAAACACAGCAACUGAGAGACUAGAAACUGCCACUAAAGUAGACACAAGUAUUGAAGAUCUUCAAAUGGUCUUAAAUGAGACACGGGACCAUCGUUAUGGCCUGUUGACAACUUUAGCAAAAAACAUCAGUCAGUGGUUUAUUAAGGUUAAAAAGAUCAAAGCCAUUUAUCACACCAUGAACAUGUUCAACCUGAAUGUCACUCAGAAAUGUCUUAUCGCUGAGUGUUGGUGUCCAGUUAGUGACUUGGAUAAAAUUCAGCAAGCAUUGCGGCGAGGUACUGAACGUAGUGGUGCUGCUUUACCAUCUAUUCUGAAUCGCAUGGCCACUGAUCAAGAGCCACCCACUUUUAACAGGACCAACAAAUUUACCAGGGGGUUUCAAGCCAUUGUAGAUGCCUAUGGAGUAGCAAACUAUCAGGAAGUUAAUCCAGCCCUGUUCACCAUUAUUACCUUCCCAUUCCUGUUUGCAAUCAUGUUUGGAGACUGUGGCCAUGGCUUGAUAAUGUUUCUAUUUGCUUUAUGGUUGGUACUGAAUGAAAAGAAAUUGGAAAAUUAUAAAGGUGGCGGAGAGAUGUUUGAGACCAUUUUUCAUGGCCGUUAUAUCAUCUUGUUGAUGGGAGUUUUUGCUAUCUACACUGGUCUUAUUUACAAUGACUGCUUUUCCAAAUCUUUCAACAUCUUUGGCACAGCCUGGGAUCUAAGUGUAGACUGGGAUAACAUCAGAGAGAAACUGAAUAAUACAGCUGUUGAUAAAAACGAAAUCUUGGUAAACCCUAAUGGAACGUAUAGAGGGGUGCCAUACUUCUUUGGUAUUGACCCAAUCUGGCAGCUGGCUACAAACAAGCUUGCAUUUACCAACUCAUUCAAAAUGAAAAUGUCUGUUGUUAUUGGAGUAGCCCACAUGAUGUUUGGAGUUUGUCUGAAUUUCUUUAAUCACAGACACUUCAACAGACCUUUGGAUAUUAUUGCUGAGUUAAUACCUCAGGUCUUGUUUUUGUUUUGCAUCUUUGGUUACCUGGUCAUUUUGAUUUUCUUCAAAUGGAUUGUUAUUGAUUGCAGUUCUGAACAUCAACCAAGUUUGCUGUUGGCACUUAUCAACAUGUUUCUUGAAUUUGGAGUAGACAUAAAAAAAGAAAAUCUUCUCUAUCAUGGACAGGCUGCUGUUCAACCAUUACUGGUUGUUAUAGCUAUGCUUUGUGUACCUUGGAUGCUCUUAGUGAAGCCCCUAUACCUCAGACAUCAGCACAGGGUUAACAAAGAACAAGGUUACCAGAGGUUAAGGCCAGGUAGCCCAGGCACUCCUCGCCCGUCUGGAGAAAUGAUGGAUUCUGUAGUGGACUCUGGUGAAGUGGUUUAUCAUGACGGCUCUUUACAGGAAGAUCAAUCACCUGACGACCAUCGCGAAGAGUUUGAUUUUGGGGAGGUAUUUGUACAUCAGGCCAUUCAUACCAUUGAAUACUGCCUGGGUUGUAUAUCAAACACAGCCUCUUACUUGCGGUUGUGGGCCCUUAGUUUGGCACAUGCAGAGCUGUCGGAGGUAUUUUGGGACAUGUCUCUUCGUCCAGCUUUCACGUUUACUGGUUGGCUGGGUUCUGUUACUGCCUUUGUUAUAUUUUCAUUUUGGGCAGUCGAAACCGUUGUUAUCUUGUUGGUCAUGGAGGGUCUGUCAGCCUUCUUGCAUUCGCUUCGUCUGCAUUGGGUCGAGUUCCAGAACAAGUUUUAUCAAGGAACAGGAUGUAAAUUUGAACCCUUCUCCUUCAAGUCGAUUUUAAGUGGUCAGCUCGAGGAGUAGCUCUGUCGUUCGGCAACCGUGUACAGUUUUAAAGUUUGACACAUUCCCGUCCAUAUCUCUUGAGAAGCUUUCAAUGAGGGCGCAAUGUAUCAGAGGGAGCUUUCCCGUACUUUCUUUGGUCGUGACUCAAAUGGACACUCCAAAAUCAGGUUUCCGAGUAAAGACUGGAAUUGAAUAAAUUAUUUACCGAAUUAUUUACUGAGAAACAAUUUGCUCAGUUCCAAUCCUUACUCGGAAACCUGAGCAUCCUUUUUAGGCACGACCUACUUCCUUUACGUCUUUCUCAGCGUACAUUGUUAUCUGUCAUUUCCCCAGUCUUCCUCUUGGUUUAACAAAAAAAAUAAAUGGAGAUUUGGAACGAGGCAGAGUUUGAGAUACAAUGAAUAUAUGAAGUUCAUAUAUUCAUUGUAUCUCAUUUAUCACUUUCACGGGUUUAUUACGA